UUAGUUCUGUGCCAUCACCUGAAAUCAAACCAAGUAUUCCCACGGUUGAAGAGUUGCAAUCCAGACUCAAAGCAAUAGAGGCACGGGAAGCUGUUCAGAACGCUAAAGAGGCUGAAUGGUCCAAAAUUGUGGCCGAACGCGAGGCACAAAUGAAGGCGUCCUUGCAGAAUCACGAGGAGCUGCUGGAACGACGGUACCAUCAAAUGGAAAAGGAGCUGAUGCUGGAGAUAAAAGCGAAGGAGCAGGAUCUGUUGAGAAAGCAAGCCGAGCUCGCUGAAGCACGGGCGGAACUGCAGGCGCAAGAGAAAGUCUCGCUGCAGCAAACUCGGGUCAGGUCACGCGCAUCCUAUGUCAUGCCUCUUGGAGAAAAGAACUCAGACGAUCGAGAAAAUAUCUUCACGUCGGCGCUGGGCUCAUUAGGGGUGCUCGGUCGGGGCAGAAGCUCCAAAUCUUCACACUCGGCUCUGAGUGGCCUACCAACACCCCCAACAACCGCCCCUAGCAGCACGGGCAUCCUCACAUCUUCAAAUCGGCAAGUGCUGACAUCAACAAAAUCAGAAACCACACGAGCGACAGGGUCAGGGGGUCGGCCGACUAUGCCGGCCUUACGUCGUGUGCAGUCAGUGCAAGUCUCGGGCUCCCCAACCAGAACGAAGGUAUCAAACACCGUGGAAGCCCUUGUACAAGGCUUCCAAGAUUUUGCCGUCACCCCAUCGCCUGCACGGUCGAGACACGGUCGGGACUAUUCAAUGAUGCACAUCUCGCCGUGAUGAUGUAUAUCAUCAAACCCCGUCGUGACCGAGCUCCCUCGGAGAAACUUUUGGACCCAUCGCCCCUCUCCCACGGUCCUCCCCCGAAACUGCAGGCUGGUGAACUCUCCGAUAAUGUCUGCAAAAUG